AUGCUUGGGACUCUGUCACGCGCAGAAUCCCAGGUAUUCAAUAUCCCGGAACUUCCGUCUAGGGAUGCGUUUUAUACACCUGACGCUUCGGAUUGGGCCGAUAACAAGCUUGGCACAAUUCUCGAUUAUCGCCAAGUGAACAUCGAUCUCUCCACCACAAGCAGUGAUAUUAUUGAUUAUGAUGCCUUCCAGCUACUAUAUGUUACCUCCGAUCUCAACUUACAAAAGACUACAUCGGUCACUACUAUUAUUAUUCCACAAGGCGCCAAUACAAGUCGCAUUCUAUCUCACCAGCUUGCCUAUGAUGCGCCAGAUGUCAACUGCUCUCCUUCUUAUGGAAUACAACCAGGCGCCAAUGCGGGUGCGCUGCCGUUUACACGCGACCUAAUGGGUUUGAUAUCCGAGAUUUUGGAAGACGAUCACCCGCCGGUUCUGAAUAUUCCUGACUACGAAGGAUCCAAUGCCGCGUUCACCGUGGGGCCUCAGAGCGGAUAUCAGACUCUCGACUCGCUCCGCGCCGCGACAGCAUCCGGAUGGAUUACAAGUAUCGAGGCAGAUGCAGAAAUCGCCGUAUUUGGCUAUUCUGGUGGUGGUUACGCCUCCGAAUGGGCUGUUGAAUUGCAUCGUGACUACGCCGAAGAUGUCAAUAUUAUUGGCGCUGCGCUGGGCGGGCUCCCGACAAACAUCCUGACAACGUACCAAAAUAUGAUCGGAUUAUUUUCACCAUUGAAUGUCUGGGCUAUGCUGGGCAUGAUGAACGCGUUCCCCCACAUGAACCAAUGGAUGGAGGAAGAUCUUAAGCCUGAGCGCCUGGAACAAUUCAAUGGCCCCCGCCAGCGCUGUAGCGAGCCCGAGGUUCCCCCCGCGCCAAUCCAACCCAACGAUGACGUUAACAGUUGGUUCGAACACGGAGACUAUUUCUUGACCAAGUUUGAGCCAGAGAUUACCGAAAUUGGUAUCAUGGGAAGGCAUAUCUCGACAGCAACAGCUCCAAAAUACCCUCUCUACAUCUUCCGGGGCGGAUUGGAUGUUCUCACCAGUCCACAUGAAGAUACUGUUGCGCUGAAGGAGAAGUUUUGCCGGGAGGGAACAUCAGUAACCUUUGUGUUAUGGCCGUUUCACACACACGUCCCUGCCUCGGAAGCUGGUUCUCCUUAUGCUAUGAAGUGGGUCAGAAAGGUCUUCGAGGUUGCAGCCUACGACCCCAAGCUUGAUUAUCUCUUUGAUGGCGAGAGCGACAUCAUCAUAGCCGUCUUGGAUAUCGACUGUUAG